AUGGAGGAUUUUGCUUCUGGAUUUCCUCCGCCUCCGUUCUUCUACAAGAACUACUCCUUUAGAGAUGGGGACCCGUUGCAUACGGCCUCGGGUGCUCACUUUACGCCCUCGGCACCGCCUCUUACGCCAUCACAGCCGAAUAUCGGCGAUGGGCUGAGCAAUGAGCUCAUCUCAGGCCCGGUCCACCCCGCGGCUCCUUCCGAUAUUUGGUACGCUUUCGGAAAUCAAGAAGGGCUGUCAUUAAACACGGUGGAGUUGGAUUCCGAGACUCUGAUUCGUGUGUCUGUUGAGGACACGGAUGUCCGGGUUCAUCUGAAGGCAUUAUACAAGGAUUUUAUGGACUCGCUGCUAUCUUAUUUGGACCGUAUUAAGAAUAUGGACAGCGACUCUAUUUCAGAAAUCAAGCGUUUUAUGAAGCUCUACAGCAACAUCCAACAUACGCUGUCGUCUUUCUCGCAGCGAAAGGCGGAAGACGAUGUCGUGCGAAUGCUCAGAGAUCAACUGCAGCGUCGAAGGCACUACAUAGAUUGCCUAAAAGUGUAA